AAUGAACGUCACUUGGACAUAAAGAUAAGUUUUUUCAGUCUAACUACUUCACACAGACAAUAAUAACAGCAAUGAGUCAGCAGCAAAAAGUAGCGCAGAAAUCCACUAGAUAAUUUACACAUCUUGCUGCACUUGCAUCCAAAAGAGAAACAUUUUGCAUAAAUUAUUUGCAAAGUCUCAGUGUGUCCCUUUGAGUCAUGGUUUUCUUUUUCUUUUUUGUUUUUGAUGAAGUUUGGCAUUCAAACUGCAAGUUAAUCAUACAAAGRCACCACACACACAUGCACACACACAUUAACUUGUGGGUGUAUGGACAUCAGGGACAUGCAGAGUUGGACUCCUGGUGUCUCAUAUAAGGACAGAAAAGGAGAGUUCACUCCUCCAGUUCAAAAAGAGACAAGCGCAGCAUGAGGCAGCACUGAACUCUGCUGUGGUCCCAUCUGACACGUGUCGUCUUGUCACACAGACCCCUGAGCAGAGAGCAGGAACUCAAACAGACAGCAGCUGAAUUCACUCAGACAGACAGGAACAUGGAGAGACGCUGGUCUUCUGAGGACUAUGUGGUGCAGCGGGAGGUCCUCGAUGAGCCUCGGCUGGAKGAAGUGGCACAAAAAGGGACGUGGUCCACCAAACCGACCGUGGGUGACCAGAUCAAAGAGUCAUUCAGGUGUACUGUUCCCAGGCUGAAGCACAUAGUUCUGACCCGGAUCCCCGUCCUCUCCUGGUUGCCUCAUUACUCCAUCAGAGAAAAUGCUUUAGGUGACCUGAUAUCUGGAUGCAGUGUGGGCAUCAUGCAUCUGCCACAGGGCAUGGCGUACGCYCUUCUGGCCUCUUUGCGCCCAGUGUUUGGCCUUUACACCUCCUUCUACCCGGUGCUGGUCUACUUCAUCUUUGGUACMUCCAAACACAUCUCUUUAGGUACGUUUGCUAUAAUCAGCCUCAUGAUCGGGAGCGUGACAGAAAGGCUGGCCCCCGACAGCAACUUUAUUAUAAACGGGACCAACGGGACAGAAGACGUGAACAUUGCCGUAAGGGACUCGAUGAGAGUGCAGAUAGCGUGUUCCCUCACAGUCUUGGCAGGAAUUUUUCAGAUCCUGCUGGGCGUGGUGAGGUUUGGUUUUGUGGUGACCUACCUGUCCGAACCYCUCGUUCGUGGGUACACAACAGCAUCAGCUUGUCAUGUGUGUGUCUCUCAACUCAAAUACCUGUUUGGAGUCAAACCAGCUCGCUUUGCUGGUCCUUUUGCUCUCAUUUAUGUGAGUAUAAAARAUGAUGGUUUUGUUCUUUCUCUUAAAGUUGGAAGUUAUGGUUUUCAGGAGUCCUGUCUUUUGGUUUUCCAGGAGCUGGUUGCAGCAGGUCUUUGUAACGCCAUCGGUGGUUGUUUCCGGUGUUAUGCAGUGGCUUCCUCUCUGUCUCGGAGUCUUGUCCAGGAGAGCACCGGGGGCAAGACACAAGUUGCAGGGGUGGUCUCCUCAGUUAUUGUGCUGAUCACCAUUUUGAAAAUAGGUGCCUUGUUUGAAGACCUCCCCAAGGCCGUCCUAGCCACCAUAGUGUUUGUGAAUUUGAAAGGAAUGUUUAAGCAGUUCAUGGACGUGUCUAUGCUGUGGAGAACCAACCGAGUUGACUUGCUGGUGUGGCUGAUAACGUUCAUCAGCACCAUCCUGCUCAACCUGGACUUGGGUCUGGCCAUCGCUGUUGGCUUCUCUGUGCUCACUAUCAUCUUCAGAACACAAAUACCCCACUACUCCAUCCUGGGCAAUGUGCCAGGCACUGACCUGUAUCUGGACACAGAGCGCUACAAGGCGGCCAAAGAGAUUCCAGGAAUAAAAAUCAUCCGCUCAUCAGCAACCAUCAACUUCACCAAUUCUGAGUUGUACCUGGAGUUCCUCCAGGAGAAGAGUGGGAUUGAAAUCGAGAAGCUGCAUAAGGAGAGGAAGAAACAAGAAGCCAAGCAGAAGCGUCAGCAAGAGAAAGAGAAAAAGAAAAGGAGAAAAGAUGCUAAGAAAAAGAACUCGAGUCAUCUGCCGAGUGCCACCAACGGUGUGAAGGAUUUACAGCUGGAUGGGGGGAGUGUAUUUACAGUAACACUGGAUAAGACUAAUCAGAAAGACGUAGUUGCGAACCUUACAGACUCCACCACAAACAGCUUUAACAAAUGCCAAACAAACAUGGCUUACCAAGCUGACUCGAACAUGUCUGACUCAGACUCAGACCGCAGUUACGAAGACAUCCCAGAGAUUUCCUAUCGAGGAGGUGAAGGAGACGCAAGGGCCUGCGGGUCAGGCAUUCACAGCGUCGUCCUGGACCUGUCCACAACCAGCUUUGUGGACACAGUCAUUGUGAAGAUGCUGAAAAAUAUUUUCAGAGACUUUAAAGCUGUUGAUCUGGACAUUUAUCUCGCCGGCUGCCAAGCCUGUGUGGUGGAGCAGCUGGAAAAGGCAAACUUCUUCUCCGAGUCCGUCCCAAAGAGCAGACUGUUUGUCUCAGUUCAUGAUGCUGUGCUUCACAUCCUCAGUAAAACGGGACAGAGAGACAUCGUGUUUGCUGUAAGCUGCGAUACCCAAUUGUGACCAGCAGGGGUCACAUAGCUUCAACUCCAGCACUCUUCAUCCCUCUCCUCCUCCUCCUCCUCCUCCUCCUCCUCCUCUUGGGCAGCAGCCUGUUCUUAUUGCUCAUCACCAUUGGUCGCCAUUGCCUCCUCCUCCUCCUCCUCCUUUCGACGACGGAGAAAUGCACCACCUCGACAUGGCGGCCGGUUGCCACGGUAACGCCCCGGGAGCUGUUGCUGUGGCAACAAGCUUUUUAUGAUGAGAUGGCCAGCAGUACGUCACUGCAGCUCUCUCUCUCUCUGUGUGUGUGUGAGAGAGAGACAGCAGAGGGAGGCAGGGGCUGAGUGGGAGAAUGUAACACUGGACUAAUGGGAGUCUGUAUUUAUAGCCUGUAUUAGAGAGCAGAUAGGAAGUGAAAGGCCGAAUGAAAGAGGAAACUCAUAUAUGAGUUUCUGUGAGCCUCACUCUGUGCAUCUGCCUGUCACUAUUCCUGAGAAGCUCCUCGUCUCCCAGACUCUGUCAGUAAAGUCCUUCUAGUUGACACAGACACGAGUCCCUGCUGAAGAGUUCAGCUCUUCUAUUGCCCCUCGUUCGCUUCAAAGUCCUGCAAGAAUCCGCUGAGUUGUAGAUAAGGUGCAAUAAACUCCUGUAUUUGAAAGGAGAGGCAGCUUCCAAYGAAAUGUGAGCAUUUUUACUGUCAGUAUUCACAAGACUGUUGAGUUCUAAUCUCUAUAAAUCAUUUACCAAAUUUACAAUUACAGACUCUGUUUAGUCGUAACAUUUCAUUGUGAUGAAUUCGCUCAGUUAAACAACAGUUUUAUGUUUUUAUCCAUUAUUUAAUACUUGUGUUGGAAAAGCAUUUGAAGUUUAUGAAAGCUGCAUUAAAGAGAUGGUGCAGAUAUUUUGUGUUCUGUGAAAAGGUUAUGAACUUUAUAUGUCAGAGUUUGGGGAAACGGUUCUCUUCUGACCAGCCAGUGCGAGUGUGACCAAUCCUAAAAUGUAAAAAUGCCGCAUUAAAACUAAUUAAAUCUAAAAAAAAUUCAAAGUGAUUCAUGCUAAUGCUAUUUUCUAAACUUUCACAUCAUCGUAGAUUUCUAUUUAAGUUACCAUAUUCAAGUAAGCCUCAGGGCGCACAAGAAAUUCUAUAGCUAUUGCUGAUGUGGUUUAUGCUUCCAAAAAGGGUAUAACUAAAAAUUAUGUGAUGGAAAAUCAAAGGAUAACGUAACAUUCUCAUAAACUGCCAUUAAACAUUUGAGAUUAAAGUUGUUGUAAACUGGCAGUAACCCAUUUUUGUCUUGGUCAUAAUUCAACCUGCUUUUAGUUUGUCAGUCAGGUCAGAAUUUAACUCUAUUUCUUCAAACAUCUGCAACAUGUAAGAUAUUUUUUGCUCAUUUCCACUGAACCUCACUUUGAAAAAUGUAAGCUAUCAUAUUGACAUGUGCCCUGUUUGAACUGUAAAAAUAAACAAAAUUUUCUGUUUUGAA